AUGUUGAUUGACAAUCAUCAUUCUUUUCUAAGUGAACCAGAAAGUUUGUUUUCUAGUUAUAGUUAUACGAAUUCUAGCUAUCUGAAUAAUAUCUCUAAGAAUGAUGAUGAUCAUUACAUGUAUGGGACUCAAUCUAGUUGGAAUAAUAACAUUAAUAGUUGCAUUGAUAGUUAUCUUCGUUCUCAAAUCUUUAUUGAUAGUAACAUUUUAGAUGAUAGUGUCAAAUAUAAUGACAGUUACUUUUUUAGUAACAUUUGUGGUAAGGGCAAAAAUGGUAGUGAAAGCGAGAGUUCUAGUAUAAAAAAUCGCACAAACGACACAAAUGAUAGUGAUUUCACUAGAAGAGAAAGUUCUAAUGAUCUCGAUGAAAAUCAAAAGUACAAGCAUUUGUGGAUAGAAUGUGAAAAUUGUUAUGGAUUAAAUUAUAAGAAAUUGUUUCAAUCCAAAAUGAAUAUUUGUGAGCACUGAUAUCAUUUGAAAAUGAACAGUUUAGAUAGAAUUGAACUUUCGAUUGAUCAGGGUACUUGGAAUCCUAUGUAUGAAGACAUGGUCUCUCUGGAUCCCAUUGAAUUUCAUUCAGAAGAAGAACCUUAUAAAGAUCGUAUUGAUUCUUAUCAAAGAAAAACAGGAUUAGCUGAGGCUGUUCAAACAGGUACAGGUCAACUAAACGGUAUUCCUGUAGCAGUGGGGAUUAUGGAUUUUCAAUUUAUGGGAGGUAGUAUGGGAUCCGUAGUAGGUGAGAAAAUAACCCGUUUGAUCGAAUAUGCUACCAAUGAGCUUUUACCUCUUAUUCUAGUAUGUGCGUCCGGAGGAGCACGUAUGCAAGAAGGAAGUUUGAGCUUGAUGCAAAUGGCUAAAAUAUCUUCGGCUUUAUAUGAUUAUCAAACAAAUAAAAACUUAUUCUAUGUAUCGAUCCUGACAUCUCCUACUACAGGAGGGGUGACAGCUAGUUUUGGCAUGUUGGGGGAUAUCAUUAUUGCCGAACCAAACGCUUACAUUGCAUUUGCGGGUAAAAGAGUAAUUGAACAAACGUUAAAUAAGGCAGUACCCGAAGGUUCACAAGCAGCAGAAUUUUUAUUCCAAAAAGGCUUAUUUGAUUCAAUCGUACCGCGUAAUACUUUAAAGUGGGUUCUGAGUGAGUUAUUUCAGCUCCACGCUUUCUUUCCUUCGAUUCAAAAUGAAAAAUCAAGCAUAGACUAAAAUUAUUUUUUUUUUCAAAAAUAAAUUAUGAGACAAAAAGCAAAUUAGAACACACAGGAGAAUAGUAAGACGAUAAUACUCGAAGAGUACUAAGAAUAAAAAAAAGGGUGUAUUAUCAUACAUAUGCUUCUUGCAGAAAUAGAAAGCGAAAUCCAUCCAUUUAUUUCAUUCUACAUUCCUUAUAUUAUUGAUUAUUUGAUUCUAUUUAUACUCUUGAUUCUUUUCUUAAUCUUUUUUUUUAUUAUACUUA